AUGGCUACAAAAAUGGCACCAGUCCUUGCCAUUUCCAUUGAGAACCAAUCUCGGUUUGAUGAAAUGUAUGCCCCGCUCCUGACGGUUAUCAAGUCCAAGACAGAGUUCCAGCAGACUGAGGAUGCUACAUCUGCGCUGCGACUCUUGUCCCAGCGCCCUCCGCCCUCGACCGUUCUGAUUACCGAUCAGGCCUUGACUCUCCCCGAGAAUGCCGCGGUUUGGACUGCGGUCUUGAACUAUGUCGCGGGCGGGGGCACAGUUGUCAUCAUGGGCUUCUUCUCGAGCUUUGUGCUACCAGACAAUAUCAAGCCCUUCUUUACCCGCGCAGGCUUGCCCUGGGCUAGGGGGACAUAUCAGCGCACGACUCUGACGAUCAACAAAGCGGCAGCAGCGGCCGCGGGGGUCAACAUCCAGAAGUUGCCUCAGAACUACAGUCAGAAAGCUCUGUUUGUAAGCAAUGUCGCGGCGGAGGAUAUGCUAUACAGGACCGACGACAACUCGGUUCUGGAGUCUCGAGUGUUUGCGCCAGAAAGCGCUCACGUUCCUGGUGAGACUGCUGUGGCGCUGGCCAAAGUCGGAGCUGGGAGGCUCGGAUACGUGGGCGACGUGAAUGCAGAGCAUGGGUCGCAUGCUGUUGUCCUGGCCAUAUGUGGGCUGCUCUGA